AUGGUCGCAAAGAAGAGAAAUCAGCUAAGAACAAAAGCCGCCCUGCGGCUGGGUCAAUCGAAAUCCGCAAUCGAAAAUGAGCCCACCGAACCAGUCAAUCUACCAGAGGACCCAAAAGCUUUUCUACAUCAAGCGAGAGAAUCCAAGAAAGACAAAAUGCUUAAUAAAUCCCAAUCGUUUCUAUCUAAACUUCAAGAAAAAACAUCUCUAAAUGGCGCCAUAUCCAAGUCGGCCCUCAGACGUCGAAAGCGUAAAAUGAGAGAUCAGCUUAAGCCCAGAAUGGAAGAUCUUCUAAUUUCCCUGGAGCAAGAUGGCGUAACAGAAGCAACUAAAGACAUGGCUGAUAGCGCAGAAAGUGACCGCAAUAACCAGGAUUCGAACGGGGCAGGCUUUAGAAAUGUCACCAGAAUAUCAACAGCAACCUUACCAUCCGAAUCGGGAUCUGUUUUAAUCAGGAAAAACGAACCCAGCAUUCGCAACCAGCGCGGUGCCAAAAUGCUAACCGGAAAAGAAAUCGAUAGGUUCCAAAACGUUCUACAAAACAAGCAAUUCCAGCAAAAUCCAUUUGCGGCGCUCAAAGAGGUGAUUCAGGCUCAAAAAAAUCAAUAG